AAAAUGCAAUGCAUUUACACUUGAAAUGUAUGCCAGACUGACGACAGCCCUCAACACCGCCGCCACAGACGAUACUGUUGUAAUGGCUCUCAUACGGAGCACCGGUCGCUACUUUUGCACCGGUAAUGAUCUUGGUAACUUUGAGAGAGCAGUUAACGAAAUACAAGGUGACAUAACCGCCGGCGCCGAAAAAUAUGCAAAACUAUUGCAACAAUUUAUCGCCGCUUUCAUAGACUUCCCAAAGCCUCUGAUCGGCGCCGUUAACGGACCGGCCGUUGGUAUCGGGGCUACAGUACUGGCGCUCAUCGAUACAGUUGUGGCAUCAGAUUUGGCCACAUUUCACACACCAUUCACAGCAUUGGGUUUGUCACCCGAAGCUUGCAGUUCGUAUACUUUGCCGCAAAUAAUGGGCUCAUGUAUGGCCGCAGAUAUGCUGGUGUUUGGCCGCAAACUGACCGCUGCGGAGGCCCUACAGUGCGGACUCGUGGCACGUGUUAUACCCGGAGCCGAGUUUAGCUCAUGGGUUGAGAAGUGGGUGUUUGACGGGACGACUGGUUUGAUAAACACUUGUUAUCCAAAGUCAAUGCAAUUCACGAAA